AUUUAAUUAGUUUUAGUCAUUUCAGUUUCUAAAAUUAGUUCGGAAUUAUUUAUCACAUCUUAAAAUUACCACGACCGAUGUCUGCCGUUCAAUCGCCAUGCAAAUUACAACCUCCUUCUCUUACCCUUCAAAGUGGCAUGCAUACUCCAUUAUUCCGCACACCUAAGUUAUUACGAAACUCAGCGAUUUUAAAGGCACCAAUUGCCAACGGGCCUGGUGGAGCGCAAUACCGUUGUGAAAUUUUAAUUUCCAACGACCUUAUAGGAUGCGUGAUUGGAAGGGGAGGUAAUAAAAUCAACGAAAUUCGGCAGGCUUCGCAGGCCAGAAUCAAAAUUUCUAGUGGUGAAGAAGGUAUUAAUAUCCGCCGAGUGGUAAUCACAGGAACUCUGAGUGCAGUACAGUCUGCUCAUUCACAAAUAAGUAACAGUAUUGAGUUACACAAGCAUAUAUUGGCACUAAACAUAGCAAUGAAGAACGUGUUUUCAUCGAGGAAUGACUUCAAAGAUGAGUUAACAGACCAAUCUAGUAAAUCAUCUAACCACUCAUCGGACGACCUAAUUGAAAAUUCCGGAAUAAAUAUUAAUAAUGGCAUUCAAAGUCACACUUGUAACCGAAAGAAUCUACCGAGAAUAAUAAAUGACGCGCAUGCUGGAUUAUCCGAUUCUCAAAAUAUGAAAUUUAUGUUUCCAUGCAGGAUACAGUCAGACCUUAAAAAAAGUCAAAAUACCAUUCUCCAUUCAGCACCCGAAAGAAAAGAAACAGCAUUCCGAUACGAAAAAGAAUGUUCACCCUUCUGUUGGGAUCGACAAGGCAGUGGUUUGCAAGUACCCAGAGAAUCUAGAAUCGGAAGUAUCACCCAAACAACACGAAUAAGUACACCAAUCCUAUCUGCUGACUUAUUUAGACAGAAAGCCCAUUUGGACGUAACAGACACGAAACAACUAAGUCCGUGUAAUGUUCUUAAUUUUAUUCAAAAGUUGCAACACACUUCUCAAUGACUUGGGAUUUAUGAAACACCAAAGUGACAACUACAUAGGAUUCUAGUUAUACCUUCUUUCAGGAUCAUUACUAAUAGUUGAUCUAUCUUUUUAUGAGAUCCACAAGUCACUAAUUUUUUUAUAAGUUGUCGAAAACUGUCGCAAUAACUUACAUAUUCUUAAAUUUAAAAACUUAGUGUUUGCAGUUCUAGAAGAGAAGUCAAUUCUUAACCUAGUUACUCCAUCCAUUUAGUUUAAUAUAUUAUAGUUUCGUUUAUGUCCUAAGUUUUAAAUCACAGAUAAUCAGAAUCUGUUUAGAAUGAUUACUGAUGUGUUUCCUGGAUAUCAUUAGAUAAAAAAACAUGUUCAUUCAGUGUACCACUUUUCUUAACUUUCAUUUUGGAUCGAUAUUUUCAAUCAACCUAUAAUAUAGUAUCAUGAUUAUUCAAAAA